GUGUUUUUUUUAAGUUUGGAUAAUAAUAAUGUCGAAAUAAGCCGCCAUUGUUGGUCGGUUCCUUCCCUGUUCCUCUCGGAGCCCCCCCAAAAGCAUUUGGAAGACGGAAAACGGCGUCGGUUUGCUCCGACGGAGAUUAGGGUCUUGGAGCUCCGUGAGCCAUGUCUUCAUCUCUUCUUCUCUCCGGCUCUACUGUAUCCUCUCCGUUCAUCGCCCCAAACAAUCUCUCUGUCCCGUUUCGGAAUGCUUCUAGAAGCUUCAAGAGCCCUAGGUGCGCAGUCGAUUCUCCAUAUGGAGGCAACACCCCGACAUUCCCCCGGUUAAAAGUUUGGGACCCGUACAAACGCCUUGGAAUAAGUCCAUAUGCUUCCGAGGAAGAAAUCUGGGCAUCUCGUAACUUUCUCUUGGAGCAGUAUGCUGGACACGAGAGAAGCGAGGAGUCGAUAGAAGCCGCUUUUGAGAAGCUGCUAAUGUCGAGCUUUGUCAGAAGGAGGAAGACCAAAAUCAAUCUGAAAACAAGACUGAAGAAGAAAGUCGAGGAAUCUCCUCCGUGGAUCCAGAAUCUUCUGAAUUUUGUGGAGAUGCCUCCUAUGGACAUUAUAUUCAGGAGACUAUUCCUCUUUGCGUUCAUGGCUGGGUGGAGCAUCAUGAACUCGGCCGAAGGUGGUCCUGCUUUCCAGGUGGCGGUAUCAUUGGCUGCGUGCAUAUAUUUCCUGAACGAGAAGACAAAGAGCUUGGGCAGAGCAUUCAUAAUCGGGAUCGGAGGAUUAGCGGGAGGGUGGAUAUGCGGUUCGAUCUUAAUCCCGAUGAUUCCGACAUUUCUGAUACAUCCGACAUGGACCCUCGAGCUCCUCACUUCACUCGUCGCUUAUGCCUUCAUGUUUGUCGCUUGCACUUUCCUCAAGUAAGUUUGGCCUUUCCUUUCAGCCUUGUCAAAUGCUCACUUUGUGUUUAACGAAACAAUGCAAGACCAAAAGACUUUGAGUUUCGGUGUCAUUAGGAUUUAUUUGCUUAAUUGAUGAAUGUCGUCUU